AUUUAAUUCUGAAACCAAACUCUUGUGUUGUAUUGCUCUCUACCCAUUGGUCACCUGUCACUUCCUUUUCUUUAGGAACUUCUCUCAAGCUGCUCAUUACUUACACUUCCUCUCCUACUACUGCUGGCUGCUAACCUGUGAGAGGGGGACACAUUUCCACAAGGUAGAAAAAGUGACAGUAAGGAGAAAAAUGGCUGAAAUCAGUAAGGGAGAAAUGCAAGAUUUUGAAGAGUUGCAAGAUAUUUACAUGUCCAACAUGGAUGAAGCACCUGCUAGGCGCCGUGCUCGUGAAGCUUUUAAGCACAUUCAGCUUGCCAUUGAUCACUGCCUAUUCCGGUUACCAGCAGAUGGGGUGAAGAUGAAAGAGGUUUAUGAAGUGAACUCCAGAGGAUUAAAAAUAUUCACUAAAAGCUGGCUACCAGAAAGAUCUCCUUUGAAAGCAGUUGUUUGUUACUGUCAUGGUUACGCAGACACUUGCACAUUUUACUUUGAAGGUGUUGCAAGGAAGUUAGCAUCAUCUGGAUAUGGAGUAUUUUCAAUGGAUUACCCUGGAUUUGGCCUUUCAGAUGGUCUUCAUGGUUACAUUCCUUGCUUUGAAAAUCUAGUUAAUGAUGUCGUCGAGCAUUUCUCAAAAAUUAAGGAACAAAGGGAGUACCAACAUUUACCAAGCUUCUUGUUAGGGGAGUCUAUGGGAGGAGCCAUUGCUUUGAAAAUUCACUUCAAACAACCAACUGCAUGGGAUGGUGCUGCUCUUAUUGCACCUUUGUGCAAGUUUGCAGAUGAUAUGAUUCCACAUUGGCUGGUGAAGCAGAUACUAAUUGGUAUAGCUAAGGUUUUCCCCAAGACUAAGCUGGUUCCACAAAAAGACGAGGUGAAGGAGAAUAUAUAUAGAGAUGCGAAAAAGAGACAAUUGGCACCCUAUAAUGUGUUGCUCUACAAGGAUAAACCAAGACUGGGAACUGCAUUGGAAUUGCUUAAGGCCACCCAGAAACUAGAACAGCGAUUGGAAGAAGUUUCUCUGCCACUGUUGAUCAUGCAUGGAGAGGCAGAUAUAAUAACUGACCCAUCAGCUAGCAAGGCUUUGUAUGAGAAAGCUAAAGUGAAGGACAAGAAACUCUGCCUCUAUAAGGAUGCUUUCCACACUCUGCUUGAAGGUGAGCCUGAUGAAACUAUAUUCCACGUGCUUGGUGAUCUCAUAUCUUGGCUUGACAACCACAGCAGCAGAAAAAACAAAUAUUAAACAUCUUGUAAUACUUGUUUGAAGCAAACCAAGCCAUUAACUCAGCUUUAUAAAUUCGUGUUUUAUUGCCGGAACUGUAUGGUAUAUGAUGUUAAACGAAUCAAUCAAAUUUUUACUUAAUGUUCAUGCUUGAAAGCAGCAAUUUACAGGUGUUUGAUUGCUUUUUUUUUUGUGGAAAAA